UUAAUUUAAAAGCCUAUACAGCAUAAAUAAAUCUUUUCCUAAUGACAGGUGUCCUGUCAGUGUCUUUUGUCUGUCCCAGUUGAAGAGGUCAUAUCCUUCUGGAGACCUUUUGUGCCUUCCAAGGAUGCUCCCUUCCCAGUCCAAUGUCAACAUGUCCUUCUUCCAGCCACCUGCUUUCCUGAUGACGGGCAUCCCAGGGCUGGAGGCCCUUCAUGGCUGGAUCUCCAUUCCUUUCUCCUGCAUGUACACUGCAGCCCUCACUGGAAACUGCCUCAUCCUCCUGGCUGUGAGGAGGACUCCCAGCCUGCACCAGCCCAUGUACUACUUCCUGUCCAUGUUGGCCCUCACUGAUGUGGGCCUCACCUUGUCCACACUGCCCACCACCCUGGCUGUGCUCUGGUUUGACCAUAGUCUCAUUGCUUUCAAUGCCUGCCUGGUCCAAAUGUUCUUCCUCCACUCCUUCUCUGUGGUGGAGUCCUCGGUGCUCAUGGCCAUGUCAUUUGACCGCUUUGUGGCCAUCUCCAAGCCCCUGCACUAUGCAGCUGUCCUCACAAAUACUAUCAUCAUCAGGAUUGGACUGGCCAUUGUAGCCCGUGCUAUGCUAUCUCUCUUCCCAGUGCCAUUUCUGCUUAAACGUCUGAACUUCUGCCCUAACAAGAUCAUCUUGUCCCAUUCAUUCUGUUUCCAUCCUGAUGUAAUGAGAAGAGCUUGUGCUGAUAUCACCAUAAACAUCCUCUAUGGACUCUAUGUGGUUGUGUCCACUGGAGGCAUAGACUCCCUGCUCAUUGUCCUGUCUUACUCUCUCAUUCUGUACACAGUCCUGGGGCUGGCCUCUCCCCAGGAGCGUGUCCGGGCCCUCAACACAUGUAUCUCCCACAUCCUAGCAGUCUUUGUCUUCUUCAUUCCAUGCAUUACCAUGUCUAUGAUUCACCGUUUUGGAAGGCACCUACCCCCAACUGUACAUGCCCUGGUUGCCUAUGUGUACCUGAUGGUACCUCCUGUGCUCAACCCCAUCAUCUACAGUGUGAAAUCCAAGCCCAUCAGGGAGGCCAUGCUUAGAGUGCUAAGGGGGAAGGUCCAAGGGUGAUGCAACUAUGAAAUACAACACGGCCUGAGUACC